AUGGCCACGGCAUCUUCUAGCAACGACAAGGCCACAACCAACACCACCUCCUUCUCUCAUGACAAGUCCAGACGGCAAAGUCAAAGUCCACCAACCUUCCUAACACUCCCGCCCGAGAUCCGCACAAACGUCUACGCACGCCUAUUCUCCGCGACCACAGCCAUCAAGAUUGAACACGAACACCCCAACCGACAAGCCGACUAUGACCAGGAGGACACCGACAACACACAAUCAUGGCAGUUACAUAGACCGUCUGUGACCAACACCAACACCAUCACUCCCACCACUACAACCACAACCUCUCCCACUUCCACCACAACACCAACCUUCACCACCAACCCUAACCACCCAUCAUCACAAUCAAGUCAAGGUCUAUCAUCCCAACUCCUCCUCACAAACCACCAAAUCCACGCUGAAGCCCUCCCGCUCCUCUACCAACUCAACACCUUCGACUGCUCCUCCCGCGAAGCCAUCCCGCUCCUCCUCGGCACAAUCGGCUCCCACCACUUCACUUUCAUCCGCCAUUUGAUUCUCGACUGGGACCAACUCGAGGACUUUGCAUGGAUGCUCGCGAAACCCUUACACCAGACCCUCACUCUAGCCGGCCUCGAAAUUCUCGAAACAGCAACCUGGCACAUGCGCAUCCCGGGGUAUCCAUCUGCUCCCAAAAACCCAAUUUUGCUCGCCACAAAAGCCUACGAGCGUCAACUGUGCCAGGCCGCAUUGGACAUUUGUUCAAAACAUCCCCGUCUGAAUUGUCUGUUGCAACGGACUCGCAGAAAACAGACCGUCCCCUCAUCAGAUCACCUCGGCCGUGUUCUCUAUCGUGUCGAGUUCACCGAUCCGCCGUCCUGGAGUAGUUCCCAGGGCGCCAUCAUCCUAAGUAAUGAACCUUUGCCGGGUGCUGGGACCCCCGCCGCCACGGGAGGUGUUACCACUACUAACAACACUUCUGCAUAUCGCAUCAAAUGGCGUUUCGUCGCCAACACAUCCACCGCAGCAGCAGCGGCGGCGGCGGCAGCAGCAACAACAACAACAACAGGUUCACCACCAGCAAUUAGCCACGAGGCUGAAACCAUCGUAGACUUGCCAGCCGAAUUGGCUGCACUCAAAGCCUGGCCUGCCUCGGGCAUGAUUGCUUCCGCAAUAGCCUCAUAG